GGCCUACUCCAUGAUUCUUGGUCGUCGCCAGGAGAAGAUGAUGCUCAACUUCCGACCCCACAACGUUUCGCUCAUCACCCUCGGCACCGUCUUCCUCUGGUUCGGCUGGCUGGGCUUCAACGGGGGAUCCGCUUUCGGUGCCAACCUCCGCGCUGUCAUGGCCUGCUGGAACAGCAACUUGACGGCCAUGUUCGCUGCCAUGACUUGGGUUCUCCUCGAUUGGCGCCUGGCUCGCAAGUGGUCCAUGGUCGGCUGGUGCUCAGGUGUCAUCUCCGGACUGGUUGCUGCCACUCCCGCUUCUGGUUACAUUCCCCCGUGGGCCAGCGUUGUCCUCGGUAUCACCACGGGCAUUGUUGCUAACUUUGCCACCAAGAUCAAGUUCUGGAUCAAGAUUGACGAUUCCCUCGAUGUGUUCGCUGAGCACGGAAUCGCUGGAAUGGUCGGUCUCUUCUUCAACGGUAUCUUCGGCGCCGACUACAUCAUCGGCCUGGACGGCGUCAACAACGGAGUGGCCGGUGGUGCCAUUACCGGCACCCCGGCUGCCAUCUACAAGCAGAUUGCUUACAUCGUCGCCUGCACCGCCUACUCUUUCGUCGUCAGCGCCCUCCUUGCCUUUGUCAUCGACAAGAUCCCCGGUCUCAAGCUCCGCGCCACCGAGGAGGCCGAACUACUUGGUAUGGAUGAUGACCAGCUUGGUGAAUUCGCCUACGACUACGUUGAGGUCCGUCGUGAUUACCUCGCCUGGACACCCGCCAAGGGCCAACCAGUCGACGGCGAGCACUCGGUUCCUCAGGGCGAGCGCCACGGUAUCCUACAACACAGCCAAAUGCUCGAGGGCAAGACACCCAGCGAGGAUUCAGGUCACGAGCACACUGGCAUUGCUGGCGAUCGCCAUGCAGUUGCCAUGGGCGCCGAGCAUGAGAAGCAGGUGCAAACCUAAGCUUCUCUGCUGUUCUGAUUUGGAUUUGUUGCUUGCGUCUUGAGUAGCUUUGACUGGAAUUUCGAGAUACCACAAUGCGCCUGUCUUUCCCACAUUUAUAUCGAGGGCUGCGCUUCUUGAUAUACAUAUACUUUAGACCGAUAUAUCAAUGUUCUA